AGUGCACGUUUAUAGAUUUGUUGUCAUUUAAUUCACUUUAUAAUCCCUUUUUUUUUUUUCAAUUUCUACGCCAAAUAUAUGUAGUUUCUUAAAAACCAAUCCAGUCCAAUGCAAAAGCAGCAUCAGAUUUGCGUAAAAUCCACUUGAUUGCUUCACCUUCCUCAAGCUCUCUUUCUUUCUUUCUCUCUCCAUAACUUGAAUUCUAAGUAUUAUUUAGUCCUCAUCCCUUUAAAUGAUCAAAAUUUAUUCUUCAUUUUUUCCAAUCAUACAAUUACAUAGGGAAUUGAAGAGACUCUUUCUCCCUCACACCUUAUCAUGCCCGAAUCAUUCUGCUGAGGAUCACGCUAGUUAGCGGCUUACUUUAACCUUUUUCCUGUGGGCUACCGUGUCGUAAGUCCUCUGGCUUCCACUGUGUGUUUGUCUGAAAUGAGACGCCAUUCUUGUUGUCUCAAGCAAAAGUUAAGGAAAGGUUUAUGGUCCCCUGAAGAAGAUGAGAAAUUGUUUAAUUACAUAACAAGAUUCGGGGUUGGUUGCUGGAGUUCAGUGCCUAAGCUCGCUGGUUUGCAGAGGUGUGGAAAGAGUUGUAGAUUGAGAUGGAUAAACUACUUGAGACCUGACCUUAAAAGAGGAAUGUUUUCACAACAAGAGGAAGAUCUCAUAAUCAGUCUUCAUGAAGUUCUAGGCAACAGGUGGGCUCAAAUUGCAGCACAGUUACCAGGAAGAACAGAUAAUGAGAUCAAGAAUUUCUGGAACUCCUGUUUGAAGAAGAAACUAAUGAAGCAAGGGAUUGACCCGACCACCCACAAGCCGCUAAGCAAUGUUGAAGUGAAAGAAGAAAACAAGUGUACAGAUACGGUAGCAUUACAGAUACCACAGUCUAAAGGACUCUCUAGUACUGUAUCAUCCUUCGCAGCUCAUGAGCCAACAUUUCUUGUCAGUGAUUCAAGUUACUAUGGCAAUGGAUUGACAGAAGCUUCAAGAGAGCAGUUUAUUAACAAGCAAGUCUAUGAUCCUUUGUCUUAUAUUGAUUUGCAGGCGGGGACUGGUCCAAGUGGUUAUAAUUCCAAUCUUAUGCCACAAUUUCACCCAAGUGUUAGGCCUUUUGAUCAGAAGCAUUUUGAGACAAAUUCCAGUUUCACCUUUACUUCAAUGCCAAGUUUAACUAAUUUUGAUCACGGAAACAAGUCCGGAACAGACUACUUUUCUGAUAAUUCAGCUUCGAGAAUAAGUACUUCUUUCCUCCUGAAUGAGGCAAAGGAAAGUUCUAGCAACAGCUCAAAUAUCAGCAGUUACACAGGGUUCCAGAUGAACAAUAUGGUGGAAAAUGGAGUUUUCUCGUGGGAUACUGAAUACAAGUUGGACUCCAUGUUUCAGUUUCAGGUCAACGGUAUCAAGUCCGAGGAAUUGAAACCAAGUUCAUGGCAAGAAGGGCAUCUUCACAACCACAAUUCGGUAGAUUUCAGUACCUAUCCGUUAACGUCGCUGUCAGAAGAUCUAACAGCAGAAAAUUUUGAUGUCUUCCAGCAGAUAUGAACAGAACUGUAAAUUCAUUUUUUUCACCUCUUUAAACCAAUACACACAGAUGUUGAUAGUACAGGACGACUUGAACUGAAAUGGUUUGGAGAUGAGUCUUUACCCUUUUUUUUUUAUUUUCCUUUGGGUAUUUUUUUAAUAACCGGGUAAAUGAUUUAGCUCUUCUCUCUCGAUCGGGAGAAUUUUUUAUCUGUAUUCUUCUUCUAUUGUGCAUUAUUCUUUGUUUUUUUUUUUCCCCUUUUUCCUCCUGUAUUUGUUUUGAGAACAGUUGCAAUAAUGUUCUUAACAAGAGCGAACAAAUUUUAAUUUCUGGUCCUAAGCUUUACAUGGUGUCUAACUAAUUAUCAUUAUUAUAUGCAGUUAUGGCGCUAUUUUCAUGCCUGUCUUUUUCUUGCUUAAGCUAAACCCUCUCUAAGAGCAGACAAAUUUGAUCCGA